ACUCGACUCAACGUCGUGCACUCCCUCCACGCGACAACCCACGACAACGCGAUGAAGAUGCACGCCGCGAUGACGACGACGCUGGCGACGACGCUGGUGGCAGCGAUGAUGGUGGCGGGGAUGAUGGUGGCGGGGAUGGCGACAGUGGAAGGGGCACGCGUGCCGUGUGGUGGUGCGUGGAUGUGGGACUCCAAAGAGGCGUGUGAAGCGCGCCACUGCGUGUGGGAACCGAGCGCAAAGACGCUCAACUGGUGUGUUUACAACUCAAGCUGGACAGAGCGCAUCGAGCACGUGCACGUGGUGCAGGGCUGCCAUUUCGAUGCCGGCUUUGCCGGCACGGUGGACGCCAUUGUUCGGCGGUGGUUUGGCUUCUUCGACCAAGCAUACCACACGGGCAUGCAGCUGGAGCAGAACAGCACGGACCCCGCAGCAAGGCUGGCCUUCACCGCGCAGAGCUGGGUGGUCUGGCUCUACCUCAACUGCCCCUCCGACCUCAACUUGACGUGCCCGGAUGACGCCGCGCUGCGCCGCUUCAACACCAGCGUCGCCAAAGGGUGGAUCACGUGGCAGGCGUUUCCCUUUGAUGCAGAGCUCGAGCUCCUGUCCCCGACCACGCUUCGCCUCGCCUUUGAGCUCACCCACGCGCUCGACGCACAGUUUGGCCUCAAGCCCAAGCGCGUCCUCUCGCAGCGCGACGUGCCGGGCAUCCCGCGUGCUGCGCUGCACCCGCUCGCCAGCAGCGGCGUUCGCGCCGUCUCCGUCGGCACCAACGGCGGCAGCACCCCUCCAAAUGUGCCCCGCGUCUUCCUGUGGAAGGACGAGCAGACACAGACGUCCAUGCUCACCAUGUACCUCACGGGCGGGUACGGCGGCUUCAACAAGCUGCCGGGCGUGUUUGUUCCAACCGUCGUCCCUGGCAGCACCCACGCCAUGGUGGUGGCGUGGCGCGGCGACAACAGCGGGCCCGCGUCUGCGGAUGAGGUCAUCAAAGACCUGGCAGAGAUCCGCAAGGAGUUCCCCAACGCCGCCGUCAACGUGUCCACCUUUGAUGCCUUUGUAUCCGCCAUUGACACGCCGCAGGUGCGGUCCCAGCUGCCAACCAUCACGGACGAGAUUGGCGACAGCUGGAUCCACGGUGUGGCGUCGGACACGGGCAAGCUGGCGCAGCUCACGGCCAUGCAGCGUGCCAUCGACACGUGGUGCGCCCGCGCGCCGUCGCACUGCACGUUCACCAACGCGCACGUGAGCACGUUCAUCCACCGCUUCCUCAAGAACUCGGAACACACGUGGGGCCUGGACGUCAAGUCCACCAUCUCCCCGCGAUCGGCGCUGCACGCCAACUACUCCAACCCCGACUUCCACCGCGCACGACAGCACAACCCGCAGUAUGCCAAGCUGGAGGCAUCGUGGCAGCGGCAGCGUCGCUGGGGCAUUGCCAACGCACUCAAGCACCUGCAUGACGACGACCUGCGUGCGCUUGUGGAGCAGGAGCUUGCAGCCGUGAACACCACGUUUGUGGACCUGACGGGCUACUCGCCUGAGCAGGAGGACUUGGCGGUGAUUGCAGCGCAGGGCUGGCGCGUCGCCAUCAACACCACAUCCACAGCCAUUGUCAGCAUCAUCAACAAGGAUCGCUCGCUCAUUGGCGCGGAUGCACAGCUGGGCCUGAUGCAAUAUCGCACGUACACGGCGCAAAACUACACGCAUUUCAUGCUCAACUACAACUUUGCUGGCCCGCUCUUCCCCGUGGACGACCUCGACGACUUUGACAAGGUUGGCAUCAACAAGGUGCCUGCCGUGUACCGCAGCGUCGCCAGUGUUGGCAAUGGCACCACCUUCCGCCGCGCCGCGUCUCUCGUCACCCCGUCUAUGCUGGCUGACCCCUCAGCUGUCACUGAUGCUGGGGGCUUUGCAUCGGCCUUCACCAACUACACGCUUGUGUCUGCCAACCAAUCCACGCUUGUGCUUCGCGGCGAUAUCACGCUCAAGGACAAGACGGCAACCCGCCUGCCAGAGGCCCUGUUUGUGCGCUUCAGGCUGCCCAACAUGUGUGGCGGCGACGACGCGAGCAAGGACGCUAUGUCCAGGAAUGCUGGUCAUGAUGGUGAUGGUGUUGGUAGCGAUGCUGAUUGCGAUCGUGGUGAUACUGGCCCUGGAUGGACCCUGACGAAGCUGGGCAACCACACGCUGGAUCCCCGCCACGUUGUGGACGGCGGUGCAAAGCACAACCACGUCGUCACCUCUUUCUCGUGUCUCGACGGCAGCGGCGUCCGUGUCACAAUCACGCCCCUCACGUCCCCGCUCGUCAGCGUGGGAGAGCCCACGCCAUUUCCAACACCAGUGCGCGGGCAGCCCACUAUGCGGGAGGGUGUGGCCAUGCUUGUGCUCAACAACAUCUGGAACACAAACUACCGCAUGUGGCAGGGUGGUGACUUCCGCCUGUCCUUCAUCGUCACCGUUCAGCUGCACGUACCACAGUAGUGCCCACAGUGCGCCAGUGAUUGUCCACUCAACGUUGCUCCCUCAUUGCUUGUUGCAUUGUUGCCACGUUACAAUAACCUGUCUGCUUCCUGUUCUGUCGUUGUCUCGCUAAUCACGUGCAAUGCAAGCUUUCGCCACAGUCUUUCCCCCUCCCGACACACACAGUGUUCGUUGCAUUUUAAAAAGUGCCAUUUUACCGGCUGAUGACCCACAUUGGGGCCCAAAGUUUCGAGGAGAAGACAAAGAAAACAACCAAGUGAAAUGGCACGG